CCUCUUCCACCACAGCUAAAGGAAGCCAUGGAAGUCGCUAGUACGCCCGCGUAUCAUCAGCAAGAGUUUCCACGGCAGAUCAGUGCCAUGGACGCCGUGUGUAGUUUACUUGCUCGCCAUGUUGAAGCUUGUCUCAAAGGCUUUGAAGAUACUGAAACCCGGAAGUAUAUAUCAUCGAAGGGGAAGGCAAAGAAAAAGAGGUCGCCCUACUUCCCUGCUUCACCGGAUGAGUAUGCUUGGGUUCCUGCAGUAAAGAGCUCUGAAUUCAUUCGCACGGGAACCGUUAAAAAGAGAAUGGAUCCAUCUUUGUUAAAAAGAAAAGUUGUUGCUGACAAGAUGGAUACCUCACUCUGGUUUGAGUAUAUGCCGAAGGGAAAUCUUGAUGAACUAAAGUGGAAGACACGUUUGAAUAUAAUUAAGGGGGUACGCAAGGCUCUGGCAUACCUCCAUGAGGAGUUUUGUCAUAUUGAUUUAAAACCUGCCAAUGUAUUGCUGGAUGAGAAUAUGGUGCCAAAAAUCGCAGAUGAGAAGCACGGGUCUGGCAUACCUCCAAGUUGCUUUGGGGAAGAAGCGGUCUGCUCCAAAAUAUCUGAAAUGUCUCCCGAAGAAUUCUUUGAGAUUGUAUAUGAAAACUGGAGGAACAGGUGGAAGUUUGAGUCAUCUUCUAAACAAAUAAAGAGAUUGAAUCAAAUAGUUUUAAGCUGUCUGGAAACCCGCAAAUCCACGAAGGCUACGAGCAGUCUUGUUUCAUCAACACAACGAGCUGUGCAUGAUAUCCUCAUCCUGGAUUCGAGAGCUGCUCCGAACAUGGAUUCAGUGGACCUUGUGCUUGAUUCCAAUGGCCUUCACCGUCUGCAUCAACAUCUCUUUCGGAAUAACCUGACAGAUGAACAAAGUGUCAAACCACGCUCUAAUAGGGCCGUAGCAACUAAUUCGUCAGAUGAGACAACACGCGCUCCAAUGGCAAAUAAGCUUACCGACGAUGAAGCCGAAAAUCACAGUGACCCGAAUUCCUGCGUCGCCGAACGUGAUACCAUUGAGGAGGAAAAGAGAUCAGGUGAAUGGUACGUCGCAACCGGCGCUGCACAUCACGCGACUUGGAAACGCGAUCUAUUCAGCAACCUGGUGGAUGUCGAGAACGAUGGCCUCUGUGUUCAUGCGGCAGAUGGGACGCCCAUGCCCGUCUGCGGCCGCGGCGACGUGGUAACGGAUGACGUGGUCCUUCCUGACGUGUAUUACGUUCCCCGCCUUUGCACCAACCUUGUCUCCGUCGGGCAACUUGCCGGGCUCGAUUACUGCGUCGGGUUCGGCCGUGGCGCCUGUGUCAUCAGUAGCGCUGCGGGCACGGUCGUCGGUAGAGCGCACGCCAGAGGCGACGGGCUGUAUGAGGUGGACUUCCUCAGAGUCCCACUUGGCAUGCCAUGAAAUGGAUCAUUGAGAUCAUGUACGCACACCUGAGAAAAGUUAGUGCAAUGUAACAUGCGAUAUGAAAUAAAUGCAACCCAUGCAUGCACAAUAUUUGGUUUCAUUAUGUUUGUUUGUGACAUCUACAGAAGUUCUUGAGCAGAUUCCUUUGCCUCCACGGAACUAUGCAUCAAACCAUGUUCUAGGAACUUGUUAUCAUAUUAUAUAUGGUAUUGCUGGAGUGCGAUAUUUACUUCU